CCCAAGCUUCCUUCUUCAAUCUUUGUUUCUUUAGCUGCAUCACGUCGAUUUGAACAAAACGACGUCUUUUCCAAACCGACGCGCAUAUUAUAGUGCGUUACAUCGAAAGAAAGUCUGACGUGCACAGGCAUCAACAUUAUUAGAUUCCAGCACCAACAGGCGGGACAAAAAAAAUACACCUGCGAUUUGGCUAAGCAGCUAACAUCAACAUUGCACAUGUCAUCGCAACUUCAACUCAUUUGAAUUUCACGACAGAUCGACGCACCACGCAACGGAAACCAGCCGUCACGAUCAGCAGCUAUAUAAACAGUCGCACGAGCCAGAUUCACGACCAUGGCACACAGACUCGUUGCCAGGGGCCCUAUCGACCUCGAAGCUCUGUCUCCUCGAGACGCCAAUGCCCAGCGCGUACCAAAACCAAAGACGGCAGCCGUCGAUGCAAAGGCCCGUCCAGCUCCCGCAAAAUCAAACAAGGACAAGGAACAUCCUCCACCACCUCCUCCAGAGGUUCCUGAGCCACCUGCAGUUGACCGUCCAGAUGGCGCUGUCUAUCAAGUCGGCAAAAUGCUCGGCAAGGGUGGAUUUGCCAUCUGCUACACUGGCCAACUGGUACCUACAAAGCAAUUGUAUGCUCUCAAAAUCGUCAAGAGCCAUAUGCCUGCCAAAAUGGAGCAAAAAUUUCAAACCGAACUCCAAAUACACUCAAAAAUGAAGCAUAAGAAUAUCGUACAAUUCUUGCGUGCCUUUUCCUUUAACAACUGCACAUACCUUGUCCUCGAACUAUGCCCCAACGGCUCUCUAAUGGACAUGGUCAAACGUCGUCGCGGCCUAACUGAACCAGAGGUCCGCUUCUACAGUGUUCAGAUUGCAGGUGCCAUCAAAUACAUGCACGGAAAGGGCAUCAUCCACAGAGACUUGAAGAUGGGUAAUAUCUUCUUAGACUCAAGAAUGAACGCUAAGAUUGGCGAUUUUGGCCUUGCAGCGCUGCUGGUUACUGGUCGAGACAUGCACACCAUCCGUCGAACCACGCUUUGCGGCACACCCAACUAUAUCGCUCCAGAGAUUCUUGAGAAGGGAAAAAAGGGCCACGAUCACAAUGUAGACAUCUGGAGUCUGGGAAUCAUUGUUUUCGCCAUGCUCACAUCCAAGCCACCUUUCCAAUCAUCGACAACAGACGAGAUUUAUCGCCGCGCAAGAGAGCGAGACUACGAAUGGCCCGACGUUGAGAAGACUAAUACAUACAUCAGCCAAGAAGCUAAGGACCUGGUUGCUACAAUGCUCACAGAUGCUGAUCAACGGCCGGACCCUGACGUAAUUCUCGAACACGCCUUCUUUACAUCUGGAUACAUGCCUUCGGAGAGCGAAAUCCACCCAAAACUUCGCGAGGUGCCCCCUGAGCGCGUCGAAUUCUACAGCCCCAUGACUGGCCAAGUGCAGGCACAGUCUUACCGAAAUCUGAAGGAUAUGUGCCGCGAGUGCUCUGUAGGACCUUGGAGCACAGCCCAGAUAGUGCACACGCAGAUUUGGAAAGAAAUGACGGCUGAGGAAAAGGCAGGUCUGACUCCUGUAAUUCCUCUGCAAGAAGGCAUUGUAUAUAGACCAUUUGAGGACUGGAUCAAGGAACAAAGGCUACGACAUGCAAACUCAAUUGCUGCCUCCACCCGAGAGGAACAAGGCGCAGCGAAGACUGUUCCUCCGUCAGCUUUGUUGCGACAGCCACCACAGAGCUUUGCUGCCCAGCAGCGAGCUCAGGGUCGCCCAGCGGCACAGUCUGCACCAACCCGGGCUCCUCAACCAUCAGAACCAGCGCAGGCUCAGACGGUCCGAUCGCGCACUCGACCAGAGCCUUCCAGAGAAGCUGAACCCAAAGAAAGUGUUAGCAGUGGAAAAGCCUCCGUGCGGGGAACGGUUCGAACAGCCCUACCAGCUUCUCGAAGCGCUUCGUCAUCGACCGGUCAAACAUUUUCGGCUUCAUCCUCUACUUCUUCACAUUCCCGAUCCCAAUCAGGAUCCAUCCGAUCUGCUACUCUUUUCAGUACUACGGAGCAAACUAGUACCAUUUCUGGCACAAAGCCCGACGUGAUCCUUGAGAGGCUUCAGCGUUUGCAGGCAGAAUUGGAACGUGCCCUUAACUCACGCUCCAUGGCCAUUAUUUCUUCCAGGACUGCGACUCCUCCCCAUCCACACGUAGUUGUGAAGUGGGUUGACUACACGAACAAGUUUGGUCUCGGUUACAUUUUGAAUGACGGCAGUGUUGGGUGCAUUCUGCGCGAUAUCCCUACUACGGAAGGUAGCAAAACAGCACUGCUUCCCUCAGCUGGUGUCUUUAUUCGCGGCGCCGAGAGACACAUCCUACGCCGUCAAGACGAGACGUACGUGGACCGCAAUCAGCCAGUACCAAUGACGCAGAACAUCAAGUUCUUUGAAAACAAUGGCGAAGGCGGACUUACGGAAGCGACAUUGUCCCCAGAGCAGUUCCGCGUGUCAGUGAAUGAAGAUGGCACUGCGGGCAAGAUGAACCCUGGAAAGGAUAUUUACCAGCACCGUAAGCGCGAGCGCAUUAUUCUGUGGAAGAAAUUCGCCAACUACAUGAUUGCCUAUGGCCGCGACGAAGCGAUUGCAGCAGAGGAGAUGGACGACGGAGCAGCCGCAGCACAAAAGGCGCCAUCGUCAGAGCUGGUUACCUUCUACCAGCGCUUUGGUGACGUCGGUUGCUGGGUCUUCUGCGACGGCCACCUCCAGUUCAACUUCCCCGACCACACCAAGAUUGUUCUUGAUGCGACUGGUACUUGGUGCCAUUUCUGGCAUCUUCCACAGGAUGCUGCCGAGCGCCUCUCAGAGACUGGCACUAUCGGCGCCGCAGCUCUCGACGAUCGCGCAACCCUUUCCUACCCCCUGCAGACACUGCUGAACUUCCAGACCCGAAACAGCUCUGCUCGCGCCGCCAGCUCAACUCGCCGUCGCCCUGAAAUCGAUCCUGAGCUCCAGGGCAUUCCCGCUGCCAACGACUUCCGCCGCAAGGUCGAAUUCAUUAAGAGCAUCGUCAAGGAAUGGGUGUCCAACGGCGGUCUGGGUAACAGCGACAUGAGCCGCGAGGGCCGACUACGCUGGACUGGAUUCAGAGAGUGCGUCGGCGUCGUCGCGCCACAGAAGCACGUCUGGGUUACCAUUGGUGCUAGAGGAGGCGACUCACGCGUCUCUAGCUACGUGGAUGGCAACAAACCUUGGGAAUUAGGAGAGGAGGUGGAUAGCAGAAAGUAAGAAAGAGAGAGAGAGAGAGAUGUAAUGCCCGGAUGGGACGCUUAUUUUGGGCAACGGAUGCCUCUAUUUUUUUUCUACUCCUGGGUGGUGUUUUUGCUCUGUCGUUUCUCUUUACGUGUAUCUUCAUGGCAAGCGUGCGUUGCCUUUUUACUCCUUCAUUUCCUUCUCGUUAUAUAUCUAAAUGGACAUUUCUCUUUACCCUGUUAAUAUUCGUUUCCCUACUUGUGACGCUACAUACCACAGGCGAUAUCACUUAGGACGUUACUUGGAACAGCGUUCGGGGGAAGCGAAGACCGACAAAGAAUGUAAAGACAUAAUUGACAUUAAU